AUGAGUCAAACUGGAGGAUCUUCAUCUUCUCAUUCAGUUGCGUUUAGGGUUAUGAGACUUUGCCGCCCAUCCUUCAAUGUCGAUCCUCCCAUUCGUAUCGAUCCCGACGACCUCUUCCUCGGUGAAGACCACUUCGACGAUCCUUCCGCCCCUUCCGCCGCAAAUCUCAUCGCUCCCGAUUCCGACCCCAGUUAUCGCGACCGCUUCCUCCUUCAUCACUUCUCCGAUUCCAUGGGCCUCUCUGGCCUCCUCGUUCUCCCUCAGUCCUUCGGAGCAAUUUACUUGGGAGAGACUUUCUGUAGCUAUAUAAGUAUCAACAAUAGUUCCAACAUUGAAGUCAGAGAAGUUAUCAUCAAGGCUGAAAUACAAACAGAGAGACAGAGAAUACUUCUGUUAGAUACGUCGAAAGCACCGGUUGAGACUAUACGUGCUGGUGGCCGUUAUGAUUUUAUUGUGGAACAUGACGUCAAAGAGCUUGGACCUCACACGCUGGUUUGCACUGCAUUGUACAAUGAUGGUGAUGGAGAGCGUAAAUAUCUUCCCCAAUUUUUCAAGUUCAUCGUUGCUAAUCCACUUUCUGUCAGGACAAAGGUCCGCGUUAUCAAGGAAACUACCUUUUUGGAGGCUUGUAUUGAAAACCAUACUAAAUCUAACCUUUUCAUGGACCAAGUUGAUUUUGAACCUGCUCAGCAUUAUGGUGCAACAAUACUUAUAGGUGAUGGGAACCAUUCUAAGAAAGAUAGUCCUACAAGGGAGACAUUUAAGCCCCCAGUACUAAUAAGAUCUGGUGGAGGAAUUUACAACUAUCUCUAUCAAUUGAAGUCAUCAUUGGAUGAUUCUGCUCAAACUAAAGUUGAUGGAAGUAACGUUCUUGGUAAACUCCAAAUAACAUGGCGAACAAAUUUGGGUGAACCUGGCCGCCUGCAGACCCAGCAAAUAUUGGGAACUCCAACAACAAAGAAAGAGAUUGAGUUGCAAGUUGUAGAAGUUCCAUCUAUCAUUAACCUUCAAAGACCAUUCACGCUAAAACUGAAUCUUACAAACCUGACAGAGAGAGGGGUUGGCCCGUUUGAAGUUAGUGUGUCCCAAAAUGGUUCACCUGGGGAGACAGCUGUUAUGAUUAAUGGUCUUCAAUCAAUGGUUUUAUCACAGGUUGAGGCUUUAGGAUCCACUAAUUUCAGCCUGAAUCUCAUAGCCACUAAACCUGGAAUUCAGAGAAUAACUGGUAUUACGGUGUUUGAUACAAGGGAGAUGAAAUCUUACGAACCACUUCCUGAUUUAGAGAUUUUUGUGGACUUGGAUUAA